GACAUGUACACUGAUCAUCAGGGCACUGAUGAUCAGUGUGCCCUGAUGAUCAGUGUAGCCCCAGCAGUGCCAGCUGUCAGUGUCCAUCAGUGCCACAUCAAUGCCACAUAUGAGUGCCUACCAGUGCACAUCAAUGCCACAUAUCUGAGCUGCCUUUCAGUGUCACCCAUCAGUGCCAGUCAGUGCCACCUAUCAGUGCUGUCAAUCAGUGCCACCUAUUAGUGCCAGUCAGUGCCGCCUAUUAUGCCAUGUAUCAGUGCUGCCUUUCAGUGCCCAUCAGUGAUGCCUGUCAAUGCCCAUCAGUGCUGCCAUCAGUGCCACCUAUCAGUGCCACCUAUCAGUGCCAUGUAUCAGUGCUGCCUUUCAGUGCCCAUCAGUGAUGCUUCUCAAUGCCCAUCAGUGCCACCUACCAGUGCCUCCUCAUCAGUGCCCAUCAGUGCC